AUGCAGAGCGCUCAGGACGUGGCGAUGAACGGACAGUCGAAGCACACGAGCGACGACAUGGAAGAUAUCGAUCAGACGGACGUGUCGGUGUGUUUGUCCCCUCCGCGUCGCCAGAAGCACAGGAACAGCGGCCGUUUUGACGUUCGCGUCACGCCCGAGCCGUCUCGACGGCGCUUGUCGACGUCGCAAAGCCGCCCACUUGCCGCAGGAAUGGAGGAAUCGCCUGCUCGAUACUCUCCGAGUAAAGUGAAAGCCGCCGUGCGCUCGUUCGCGGACUUUCUGCACUUUCUGGAGAAGGAAGGAAGCCAAGAGGAAGAUUCGCUCAUGCCAGUCAUUAUACAGAGAUUUGCAGAGCUUGGGGCGGUCAUCGAGUCUCAGAAGAGACACAUUGAUCGCUGGAAGGGCAAAGAGCUAGACUUGGCUAUUGAAGAGGCGCAGCAGAAUCUAGAGCUCAUUCGCGAGCUCGGAGAGACUAUUCACAAACAGGAGCUCCAGAUUGCUGAGGAUAAAGUCGAGAAGCAGAAGCUGGAAGAGAAGUACCACCUCGCUGCCCAAGAAGUCGAGUCGCUGAAGAAACAAGGCACAUAUCAGAUCCAGCAGCUGCACGCGGAGGUGGAAACGUUGCGGCAAGCGGGAUCGGGUAUGGAGGCAAUGCUGAAAGAGCGGGAUGUGUCUCUUGAGACGUUACAAAACAGCAAUGAUACGCUGCGCUCGCAGCUGGAGCGAGUGGAGCGUGAUAGCUCGUUGAUUUUGCAAGAGAACACAACACUGAAGCAGCAAGAGGUCCACCAGGCCGACAAGAUGAACUGCCUUGAGCAGGAGAUGAAUGAACUGCGCGAGCACUGCAAGUCUGCAGUGAGCAAAUAUGCGGAGCUUGAACAGCAUGUUACAGCAUGGCAAACGAAGUACGAGGAGAAAGAUCGUCAAGUACAAGAGCUGGAGAACGCACUAAAACAUAGCAGACAGGAUAUGGGACAGCAGGAGGGAAAUCUCGAGCAUGUCAUGGGCGAAAACCGCAAACUGCAGGAGCACAUGGAACACAUGGCGCAUGAGCACGAGAAGCAUCUUGCUGAACAGCACAGAUGUCUGCGUGAAGCUGAAACGGAGCGACAAAGGCUCAAUCAAGCACUCGAACAGGAAUCUGCCCGAUUCCUGAAGCUCAAAAAGGAGGCAGGAGAAAUGCAAGCGCAGAUCGAAGCGCAGGCAAUGUCCGCAAUGAACCAACGUGAACAGCAGUUGAUGGGUGAAAAGUCCCGACUUGAAGAAGAGCUGCGACGUACGCUCAGCAAAGUAAAGGAGGAGAAUGCUGAAUUGCGAGCUGAAAUUGAGAGCUUGAAAGACAUCAAUCAACGCAAGAGUACUGAGAUCGGUCGUCUAAUGGCAUCAUCGCAAGAAGCAGACCAGCAAAAACAGUGCCAUAGCUUGGAUACGCAAAGAAUACACCAGCUUAUGGAAGAAGUAGCACAAGCAAAUGACCGGAUUGAGAGUAUGUCCAACGAUUUGGCCGCCAAGGAUGCCGCGCACGAAGAAGCCAUGAAGGCGCAGUCAGCUGACUUUGAGCACCAGUACAAUGAAUUUGUCUCCCAGGUGGAAGGACAGUUCAACACUUUGACACACGAGAAUGAGCAGCUGCGCGCGGAACUGGAUGAAACAGCGAAGCAACUAAAAGUGUGCAGUGACCAGUCGCUAGCUGACAGAAGAGAGGUUGACAAAUGGCACUCGGAGUGUGAAACGCUUCAGCGCCAGUUGCACGGCGUUACUCGUGAGCAUGAUGCGCUAAAGCGUGAGUAUGAGCAUCAGCUUCACGAGAUGGGGUCGCGAGACAAGGAUAACGCAGAGCUACGCGCUCAGAUUGAGCACUUUCUAUCUCCUGGUCGUGAACACACAAACGAAGUGGAGCUUCUUCAGAACGAGCGCGCACGCCUAGAAGACCUGAAUCGGGAACUGCGAAAACAAAUUGAAGCGAUUCGGGUAGAGGCCGAUGCAAGAUUCAAUGAAGCCCAGCAGUUACAUAACCACUCCAUUGAGCAAGAGGCUGCUCACGCAAGUACGGUUCGCGUGCUAUGCGAGGAGAAGGAAGCGAUGAACCGUGACAUGAUGACACUGAGUGCACAGAAGUCAGCGCUAGAAGCUGAAGUUACAAUGGCCAUCAAUGAGAUCGAACGGUGGAAGACAUCGGUGCAGCUACUCGAAAACAGCAAAUGCGACCUCGAGCUUCAGAUUCAAGAAGUGAUGCGACAGGCGACUGAACAGAUUGAGUCGCACAAACAUUCGGCAGCUGUGGUCACGGAGGAUGGGCGAACUCAGUUGCAAACGUUGACGGCCCAACUUGUACGUCGUGAUACGCAGAUGAACGAAGGUCACCAACAACUGCGGCAUUUGCAGGAAACAGUCGAAUCGUUGGAAGAGAAGCUUCGAGCCGAGCAGUACGAGCAUGAGAGCUUACAAAUGGCAAACGAUGACUUGACUGUCCAGCUAGAGUCCCUUUAUAACGAGAGACACGAGCUGGAAGAUCGCCUACCGUGUUCUAACGUUGGAGGUCAGCCGGAGGCGGAAGAGGGUCUUCUUCAAAAGCUAGAACGAUUUUCACAUGAGAUGGAUCAACAGGUCCAAAAUGAAAGGGAGAAGGCGAUUCGUUUGCAAACACGUUUGGACGCAAAACUGGAAUCGGAACGGCAACGCUCGGGCGACGACCGGGUCAAGCUUAAAGAAGAGAUUGCGACGCUUCAGCAACAAUUGUCGAGUCACGCUGCUGAGUUGGAGAAGCAAGACGCACAACUUUCGCAACUGCUGCGUGAACGCGAGGAGCAGGACCGCGCUCUUGAUGAUAUGCAAGAGACGAUUGCAGCCCACGAGUCAGAAAAGUGGACUCUGCGUAGUGCAACGAACGAGCUUGAGGAUCUCAAAGCUGCGCAUGAAGAAUUGAAGGCAGCACACGAUCAAAUGAAGGCGAAAAUGAAGGCGAAAGUGGCAGAGCUGGCCGGUAUGCAGGAAGAAGUUGGCGAGUUGCGGUACAAGCUGGAUGAAGAGAAGGCAACAUCACAGCAUUUGUUCGAGUGCUCCCGCCAUGAUCGACGCAAGCACUCUAAUGAGUCUCAGGUCAACAAGGAACUGCGGGAUCGAGUAAACGAGUUGAAAGCAGAAGUGGCUUCUCUUCAGCGCAAGCUCCGAGCAAGUGAGCAACAUGCUGACGACAAGCUCCGAGCACGCGUGGAAGAGCUGGAAACGCAACUGAAACACUCUCAGCGCGCACCCGACGUAGAUGGGUCUAUUGCAGCUGACGGAAGCCAGACGCAAGUCAAGGAGCACAAAGCGUUGAUGAAGCAAGUCAAGGAGUACAAAGCAUUAGUGAAGCAGCUGGAGAAAGAGUUGGAAAUCAGCAAGCAGUCUGUAGCAGGAAGGGAACAGAGCGCCAUGCACGAGACUCUACAGAAAGAACGCGAACAUCGAUCGCUGCAAGUACGUUACGACAAAUUGGCCGCUGAAAGUGCUGCUCUCACCGCUGGUUCGAAUGCAAAAGCGGCGGAGAUCGAUCAUUUGCAUCAGGAAAUUGACCGGCUAGAAGAAAGGAUCACACAGCUGCACGAAGAAAUUCGUGAUAACAUGGCUGAGAUGGAUAACGCGCGAGCCCAUCUCGACAAAUCUGAACAGCUUACGCUGAAGCUAGAAGGGUUGCAAGAUGAGCUCGUAGCACAAGAGAUUGAGACGCGUCAGUAUGAAUCUGAGCUGGCUGCGAAGAAAGAAGAGAUGCAGCAGACACAGAAGGAUAUCGAUGAACUGAAGCGUCGUUUCCAGGACAAGUUGCGUGAUAAAGAAGAUGAGGUUUCUUUGCUAAAGCAACGAAACGCGAAAUUCCAGGAGAGACUGAAGCGGAUUGCCCAGGCAAAGCUAUCUUCGAAACACACGUCUGAAGUUGAUGCCACUGCUCGCGAAACAGCGAUGAGCAGAGUGGAAGAAACUUACAAGCAAGCGGUGAAACGAGAGCAGAAGCUGACAUCACAAAUCGCUAAGAUGGAAGACGCACGGUCGGCCCUAGUCGACCGAUUUCGUCGCGAGAUGGAACGUCUUCAUAUCGAAGUCAACGUGCAAGGGACGAACGUUGAUGGGGACUCUAUUGACGAUAGUGCUUUUCACCGCGGUAUCAUGGAAAUAGCAGCACGUCUUCAUAGCUACCAAGAUCGCGAGACCUACCAGACCGCACUCAUCCAUCGCAAAGACAAGCGGAUCACCGAGCUCAAGAUGCGGCUGGACGAGGUGGAGAAGUUGUUACGGCUUCGCGACAACGAGUUGAAGAAGCGCGAAGAAAAGCAGCAGCAGGACAAAGUGCUGCAUGAGCAGAUGGCGACCAUGAAUAGGGAGGUUUCGAAGCUGAAGCUGGAAAACAAGCAGCUGCGUGGAAAAGCGCUGUCGGACCCGUCCGUCAACGCAAGUGCUAAACCCUUUGAGAUCGGUGAAUGGAAAGACAAGUGUGCUAAGCUCAAGCACCGCGUGUGCGAACUACAGGAAAUGAACACGAAACUCAAGCAAGGACGCUCUGCUAAGGGUGACGUAAAGGCGCUAGCGAAGGAAGUCGAUAAGCUUGCCGGUCAAGUCUUGGACAAGGAUUUGCAGAUUCAAGCUCUUCGGAAUCGCGAGACGACACAAUUCCAAAGUAGCCGUGCUUCUACCGGACCGCGGCGUAUGAAAGAUCUGCUCGUCGCGUUACAAAAGAAAGAAGACAAGAUAAUGGCGCUCAACGACCACCUGACUGGCCUCAUGACGGAGAAUAUGCGGCUUCAGCACAGCACUGAGCAGUACGUUGUCCAGUACGGUCCUCUCUGCGGCGCGACUACGGACGGUGUGAUUGGCAACUCGGGUAUCAAAGUGCCUGCCCGCACGAAUGAGAGCAAUUGGCAACAACCCGCCGUUCGGUCACAAUAG